CUCAUCGGAGUCGAUAACAGAGGUCGCAUAACCCCCGAUAACAAAGUUCGAUGAAGGGACAUUAGAUUGGUGACACUCAUUGCUGACAUCAUGCCUCACGGACUUCCGACGAGCAUGGCGGCCAUAUAUAUCCCCAUGCAAUCCUGUCUCUAUCCGUCUUUCCCAUCCCGAUGUCCCCCUCACCGUUCGACACCCUCCCCCCUGAGAUUAUCGAGCGCAUACUACUCUUCUGCGAUGUGUACGACGUCGCGAUCAUCGCACAGACAGGCCGCAGGGCCCGCAGCAUUAUAUACCAGUCGGAGGACCAGUACUUCUGGCGCGAGCUGUUCCUGAGCAAGCCCUUCGACGAUCUCCGCAAGGCGCUCCCGCCACUCACCGCCCAGAAGCCGAGCGUGCAGCCCGACUGGAAGACGGAGCUGCAGCGCAGGGUCUCCGCAGAGUCGGCCGUGAUGGGCGCAGCCACUGGGCCGCGCUUGGAACGCGCACUCGCGACGCUCGUGAGCGUCGUGGAGACCGCCCUUCCCUUCAGCGAUGGCCCGGAGAUGGAGGAGUCGGAGAACCUGCGGUGGCUCGAGGGUCUCCUGCGCUUCUCCACGAUCGACGAGGAAUCCCUGCCCAAACACGAACAGCAGCAUCUCGGCCGACUCAUGACAUACCUCGCGCUCACCUACGAGUCGAGCCCCGACGGCGACAGCCCGAAGAAGCUGCUUCACGAGAAGCUGCUCAACGAGAAGCGGCGCAUGAGCCGGUGCUAUGUAUACGACCUGCGCCGGUACAAGGAGGACACGCUCUGGGGCCCGUUCUCGCGCGGCGAGAAGGGCGAGCUGCGCGCGAACUGGGUGCACGUGCAACACAUUGUGAACGUCGUGGCGAUGAAGCUGCGUGAGCUGCCGCCGCUCGCACUGCAGUUGUAUAGCAAGCCCCGCGCGGGCCUCAGCGCGACCCAAGCCUACAGUGCGCCUUUCGCGCACGAUCGCAAGCCGCAUGACUGGGCCGGCGUCGCUGGGACGUGGCGGCGCUUCGUAUGCUUCAUGGACUAUCGGGAUCUAUUCGCCUUCAACUUCUCCGUCUCAGGCACGGGUCCGCGCGACCGCGACUUCUUCGACGACGACUACCAGGAGGCGAUCCGCCCCGUCGAGCUGCACCUCGACGUGCUCGAUCCCACGCCCGAGCAGUCCACGGAGUCCGCGGAGUCGCCUCCCCCGCACCCCGUACGGUAUCCGCCCAUCUUCUUCAAGGGCCUCUCGCGCGGCGCACACAGCGCUGACGCGGCCGUCGAGGGUUCCGUGCGCGUGCUCGCCGACGGCAGUAUCCGAUGGAGUUUCGUCACGAAAUAUGAUGGGCUUACGCAGUGGAGUGCGGAAGGCCUUCAGAUCGGGAACAUAUGCAGCGCCGCCGGCGUCGGCGGCAUCUGGACGGGUGCGUUCCAUGAAGACGCGGAUCCGGCCGGUCCGUUCUGGAUGUGGAAGGUGCACCGUCCAUUCUGGCAAUGAAACGCAUUGAAUGUAGGCGCGAAGGACGGGGUGGGUUUGAGCCCAGCCCCUUCCGUGGAGACUCAGGGUGCGAACAUCUCUCGUGGAUCAGCAAGGAACGAUUAUGGUUCGUGGGCUGUUGUACAUCAUUUGUAGUCAUAAAUGCUUCCAUCCUAUCCGUUGUCCUCUCUUUUCUCGAUCUCAGUGCACGUGCGUGCCGCUGGCCUUACCGAAGAAAGCCACGAGCCUGGCGUACAAGUCCUGGAAGCUGA